AUGGCUCCCAUACCGAUAAUAAACCUUGAGUUCUCUGAACUCAGGGAAAUCGUGUGGACUAAGCUUCAAGAGCCGAAUGCCCAAAGAAAGCUGGUGCUAGUGAUAGUGUCUAUAGCACUGUUGCUGGAUAAUAUGUUAUAUAUGGUAAUUGUUCCAAUUAUACCGGAUUACUUAAGAUAUAUUGGAGCCUAUCAAGAUGACCCCAUUCCGGAAAACUCCACGCUGCCCCCCGGGACCCCUUUCAAGCACGACCAUCACGGCCAGGACUCGGCCACCGGCAUCCUCUUCGCUUCCAAAGCCAUCGUACAGCUUAUGGUGAACCCUUUUUCCGGGGCCCUAAUCGACCGAAUAGGAUACGACAUCCCCAUGAUGGUUGGCCUGUGCAUCAUGUUCCUAUCAACAGCAGUGUUCGCUUGUGGCCGGAGUUACGGGCUCCUCUUCUUCGCCAGAAGUCUACAGGGCGUAGGAUCAGCGUUCGCAGACACAUCGGGUCUAGCCAUGAUCGCAGACCGCUUCACGGAAGAAAACGAGCGUUCAAAAGCACUAGGCAUAGCUCUAGCUUUCAUAAGCUUCGGGUGUCUAGUGGCACCACCGUUCGGUGGCGCACUAUACCAAUUCGCAGGCAAAGAAGUGCCGUUCCUCAUUUUAGCCUUCGUUUCUCUUCUAGACGGUUUCAUGCUUCUGAUAGUUAUGAAACCUAUAAAAGAGGUAAUAAAAGAAGCGAGAAUUGUCAAACCGCCAUCAGUGCCAAUAUGGAGGCUCUUUAUGGAUCCUUACAUAGCAGUUUGUUCGGGAGCAUUAAUGAUGGCAAAUGUGGCUUUGGCUUUUCUGGAACCAACCAUCUCCUUAUGGAUGGAGGACAAUUUGACAACCGACAAUUGGAAAAUAGGAAUGGUAUGGCUACCAGCGUUUAUACCGCACGUUAUAGGAGUAGUAAUCACCGUAAAAAUCGCAAAAAAGUACCCCCACUAUCAGUGGUUAAUGGCCGCUGGAGGGUUAGCCCUAGAAGGCUUAUGUUGUUUUAUAAUACCAUUUUCGACAAGUUAUGUAGUACUGAUGAUCCCACUAUGCGGAAUUUGUUUUGGAGUUGCUUUAAUCGACACAGCGCUUCUGCCAACUCUAGGUUAUCUGGUCGACGUACGUUAUGUCUCUGUAUACGGAAGCAUUUAUGCAAUAGCAGACAUUUCUUAUUCAGUAGCUUACGCUAUAGGACCGAUUAUAGCAGGAGGAGUAGUGGAAGCCAUAGGCUUCACCGCUCUAAACAUAGGCAUAGCCAUAUCCAACCUGGCGUACGUACCAGUACUGACAUACCUCAAGCACAUCUACGACUUUAAACCGUUUGAAAACGAAGCAAAUAUCCUCAUGUCAGAUCCACCUAAUAAAGAAUAUCAAACGUAUUCGAUGCAAGAACAAAAAGCCGUCAAUGAAAACGUACAAAAUCAUUUGGAUUAUAAACAGCAAGAAACGAAUUUCAAUAGCUACGAUAAUUAUGAUAGUCAAACAUACCAGAGCGAUUAUCAGCAGCCGCAACAACAACACUUUCCAGCGCAAGCACCGAAUUAUCCAGAUCAGAAUCAGUCGUAUCAGAAUCAAACCUACCAAGGUCCCCAAGUACCGGCCAGGCCUCAGAGUCAAGGUCGCGUUCUGCCACAGCAACCAGUGUCCAAUCCUUUUAGACCACCAGCACCAAUGUCCACGGGGGGCAAUCCGUUUAGGCAAGGUUUGUAA